AAUAAUAAUAAUAAUAAUAAUAAUAAUAAUAAUAAUAAUAAUAAUAAUAAUAAUAAUAAUAAUAAUAAUAAUAAUAAUAACAAUAACAAUAACAAUAACAAUAACAAUAACAAUAACAAUAACAAUAAUAACAAUAACAAUAACAAUAACAAUAAUAAUAACAAUUACAAUAAUAAUAACAACAACAAUAACAAUAACAAUAGCAAUAACAAUAGCAACAAUAAUAAUAAUAAUAAUAAUAAUAAUAAUAAUAAUAAUAAUAAUAAUAAUAAUAAUAAUAAUAAUAAUAAUAAUAAUAAUAAUACUAAUAAUAAUAAUAAUAAUAAUAAUAAUAAUAAUAAUAAUAAUAAUAAUAAUAAUAAUAAUAAUAAAAAUAAUAAUAAUAGUAAUAAUAAAAAUAAUAGUAAUAAUAAUAAUAAUAAUAAUAAUAAUAAUAAUAAUAAUAAUAAUAAUAAUAAUAAUAAUAAUAAUAAU